AAACAUCGCGCGAUCAAGUUCACGUGAUCCCUACGCGCUGCAAAUUUUCAGCACUUUGAGAAUUAGAAAGAAUGGAGUUUGCAACACAAGCAUGGGAUUUGUUCAUGUCAGAUUGUCUCUACCCAUUCAGGGCCGUGGCGACGGGGGUGGGCGUGGUUUACCUGCUGAAAACCGUCUGUUCCACCCUCUGCUUUCUCUGUCCCUUCAUCAAGGCCUACGUUCUCGCUCCUCUCGGAAUUUUCCGGCCUAACCUGAAAAAAUACGGACCAUGGGCCGUUGUGACUGGUGCUUCCGAGGGAAUUGGAAGAGCCUAUGCGAUUCAGCUGGCGAAACGAGGUCUGAAUGUUGUCAUCAUGAGCAGGUCUCGAGAAAAGCUGGAGAAAGUGGCAGACGAAAUCAAGAAGUAUGGUGUCGAAGUGCGAAUAAUUCCGGUGGACUUUUCGUCUGGUGCGGAGAUCUAUCCCGAGAUAAAGAAACAACUCCAAGAUCUCGAGAUUGGCCUUCUCGGUGAGAGAAGUCAACAACCUUUAUUCAAUUUCCGUGUAACUGAAAAUAUUGGUUCGUUGACUCUGCCUUCAACUGGUCAUUGGCAAGCACGGAGCGAAUUUAUCACACGUGAAUCAGUUCUUUUGAAAAAUCUGAUUUGAAAAUUAUGAUGACUGCCAAACUGCCAAGAUCUAAACUUACCACUUAAUUUUUUCCGGUUGAUGAAUUUUCUCUUUCUUUUUCUCCUACUCGUGCUUUUUUCUCUCCUUCUCCAGUGAACAACGUUGGUUUGAGCUACGAACAUCCCGAGUUCUUUCUGGACGUCCCAGCUGACCGCCUCCGUAAUAUACUUGAAGUGAACUGCCACAGUAUGGUUCAGAUGACACAUUUACUGCUGCCGAAAAUGGUCGAGAGGAAGAAGGGUUUGGUGAUCAACAUCGCUUCUCUGUCGGCAGAAUUCCCUCUCGCAAUGCUGACUGUGUAUUCCGCGUCUAAGGUGUUUGUGUCGUUUUUCUCUGAUGGACUGAUGCAGGAAUAUGGAUCUAAGGGAAUUGUGAUUCAGUGCAUUACUCCAGGUCUGGUGUCCACAGCAAUGAGUGGAAUUAAGAAACCCAGGUCCGACGCUCCUUCUCCGGACACAUUCGUUACCUCAGCUCUGAACACCGUGGGACACUAUCACCACACCGCUGGAUGUAUCCCUCACGUCAUACAGGUUCUUGUCUUCAAACUAUGGGCGUCAAAGUUCAAACGAAUGGCCGCUGAUUCCAUGAUGAAGACACGCGCUAAAGCUUUGAAAAGGAAGGAGCGGGAGAAGAAAGAGUAGCCUUUCUUACUAUAUGGACGGUGUUUAUAUAAUAUAGGAGAGUUUUUUUGCCUGAACUAAACUGGAUUGUGUGAAGUAAUUUGCAUGCUCGAAUGAGUGUAUUAGUU